AAACAAGCGUUCUCAUGAGUUUAGAGUAGACACAGACUUCAGAGCUUGAGAAAUUGUUGUUGACUCCGCGGACAACAGUUGAGAUGCGCAUGUUGUUGUUUACUUGAAGCAUGGAUUCUCCAGUAGAUUCGAAAGAUGGCUUUUCAACCUAUGAGGACACUCCUCCACGGAGGCAGUUUAAGGAGCGCAAAACACCUUUAUCACCUUUACCUUUCAGUGUGGAAGCGAUCAUGUUGGAUAGGACUCAUAGCGAAGGAGGGAGACGCGGCAGCGGUACGAUAAUCUCUCCCCUGGGGAAUUACUCUAUAUCGGUGUCCAGACAGCCGUCUAGUCCAGAAUACUUUAUUCACAAUUUUUACCCGUCUUCUUCGCCAGUUAAAUCAGAGACGUCGGAACCAGGGGACUGUGCGUCAUGGAUAUCACCGCGGUGCAGGUUGUCUCCAGCGCUCAACCAGGUCAAUCCCUCCUUGAGGAAACACAAGACCAACAGGAAGCCCCGGACCCCAUUCACCACCUCCCAGCUCCUGUCCCUGGAGAGGAAGUUCCAUCAUAAACAGUACCUGUCCAUCGCUGAGCGGGCUGAGUUCUCCUCCUCCCUGUCCCUCUCAGAGACCCAGGUCAAGAUCUGGUUCCAGAACCGACGGGCUAAAGCCAAGAGACUGCAGGAGGCAGAUGUGGAAAAACUACUCAAGAUUUCCGCUGCAGGUGUUGGAUCCAAGCCGGGGUUCUAUCCCCCGGGGUUCUCCUCGCUGCCGUUCCCCCUUUGUGUCAGUCUGGAGGGUCUGGGUGGGGGGGUCUCAGGGGUGUGCGGAGGACAGGGGUACCCCUUCAGACGUACCACUCUGUUAACAACAGUACCACAUCUGGGGGUGUACACCUCACCUGUAGGGUACGGACUCCUCCACCUGUCUUGAGAUGUGUGUGUGUGUGUGUUUGCGUGCGUGCGUGCGUACGUGCGUGCGAUGAACCUUACAACAAGAUAUUAAAUCAUACCCUAACUCUCAGGAGUGCUUUGAAUAUAGUGUGCUGGACUUACUUUGAUAUAUUCAAGAGAUGUGGAAGUGUACAUUGUUAUAUGGUACCUUGUGUUCCAUGGUUUGUUACGGAAGUGACUAGCGCAUCAGAACACCCAUAGUACAAGCAUCAUUGCAGGGUAAUUGUUCAUUUAUUCUAUAGCCCUGACCUCCUGACCUCCUGACCUGUGCUGUAUUUGCCAAAGCUAGUUGGAUUGUUCCCGAAGGAUAUUGAUCUGGUUCUCCCGUUUGUCUGAUCACUCCGUAAAUGCCAGAUUAUCUCUAUAACAGUAUUAUUUAUGUCUCUGUUCCUGUCUUUGGGAAAGGUUAUUUUUAGACUUUCAUAUUUGUGAUAUACAUAUAGGACAACAUAUUUAUUGAAUAAAUGUAAUAUAAGUAAGCAGUAAGAGUCAAAGGGGUGUGGUAUAUGGCCAAUAUACCAUGGUUUAGGGUCAUUCUUAUGCACGAUGCAACGUGCCUGGACACAGCCCUUAGCCGUGGUAUAUUGGCCAUAUAUCACAAAUCUCUGAGGUUCCUUAUUGCUAUUAUAAACUGGUUACCAAUCUAAUUAGUUAAAAUAAAUGUAAAAAGCAGUACAAUUUUUAAUUUUGUCAUACCCAUGGUUUAAUGUCUGAUAUACCACAGCUGUCAGACAAUCAGGAUUCAGGGCUCGAACCACCCAGUUUACAAUAUAUAUUUUAUGAAGUGUAUCUACAAGUGUAAAUAGUUUGUGGUCUGAUGUUGAAUAUAAAUAUUGUUAUUUGCUGAG